AUGUCACCGCAAGAUGGGCCUGAGGACGAGUUCAUAAAGAUUUGCCUUCCAACACACCUCGCCGAAGAGGAACGCACAGCGUACUUUGGCAAGUUCCGGGAUAAUGUCGAAGAUGACCUCAACUGGGUCAAACCGCAGUUCAUAGAAUGGCCUCCGGAACAAGGGGAGGGCUCGAUCGAAGGCGGUGAUCUUCUCCGCCUAUUCAAACAAGCCGCAUCAGCCGACCCCGAAGGAGCCGAGUUGCAGUACUUUGCCGGCCGUCAGAGCACCGACAGCGGCACCGUCAUCCUGGCGCACCGCGACCCGGACAUCACGGAGCUGGCGGCGGAGAGCGGGAUCACGCUGCCUGAGGGUUGGGCGAGGAUGGACCGUGUCGUUGAGGAGCUGAUGGACGAGCUGACCGACCGCGGCGUGGCGCGGGGCCGCAUACCCGUCAGCAAGUGGAGGCCGAGCUGGUGUAACGCGGACAUCGGCAACAUGCACGAGCACGAGUUCAUAGAGUGCUGCGGGAGAAGCAACAGUAUCUUGAGGGAUCCUGAGAGGGACUGGAAACAGCUUCUUAGAGAAUCUGAGGGAGGAGGUCGCAAAAAUGGAAGCACAACCAGCCUGAGCCUGUAA